AGCGGUUGCAUAGCUCAGUCGCCUUGCCCAGCCAUAAAAAUGGUGGCUCCAGACCUCCUUUGGGAAUGUGUGAAGAACCAAUCGUGUUUCAUCAAGAAGAGGAAAAACUUUCCGGUCAUGACAUCUGAACCAGGAAACCUUUGCGGCGUGAACAAGUUCCAGUUUAGCGGUUUGGCGUCCAAAAAUGUCUUGGGGCUUGAUGCCAAGAAGGCAGGCAAGAAGGAGUCCAUCGUUUUGACCACUCGGAGCAAGAAGGAAUCCAGGCAAUACCGCCCUGGUGUGAUGCUGGUGACCACCGGUAUCAAGAAAGGCAAGAAACAAGGUCCAGAACAGCUGAAAAAGAUCAUCGGAGCCACCUGGAAUCGGCCUGAACUCCUGGACAUGGCCUUGAAGAAGUACAAGAAGAUCAAGCAGUCCUUCAGAAAGAGAAAGGUGGCCAAGAAGGCUGCAUAGAUUGGUGUAGAUGAGGGACUCUGCAAUGGCGAUGAGUGCAA